ACAGCUGACCGCAAGAGGCCAAAUCAAAACAGCACCUCCACCCUCCAACUUUUACAGUGCUGACAUAAAUCCCCGCUGGACAUAAAUAAGACGAUUUAUGCAAGAAAAGAGGUUACAUAUUUAUAAUUCUCUGCCUCUGAAAUUUUGUUCACUUGACCGAUAUGACCUCAAACGAAGAGGAGAAAGAUCCUGAAAUUGAGCUUUUUGUGAAGGCAGGCAGUGAUGGAGAGAGCAUCGGAAACUGUCCUUUCUCUCAAAGGCUGUUUAUGAUUCUGUGGCUCAAGGGAGUCGUGUUUAACGUCACUACUGUAGAUCUGAAAAGGAAACCAGCUGAUCUUCAUAAUCUCGCCCCAGGAACACCUCCGCCAUUCCUUUCCUUCAAUGGAGAAGUGAGGACAGAUGUCAACAAAAUCGAAGAAUUCUUGGAAAAGAUGCUAGCACCGGCAAAAUAUCCAAAACUGGCUGCAAAGAACAAGGAGUCGAAUGCAGCAGGAAACGACAUCUUUGCAAAGUUCUCGGCCUACAUUAAAAACACAAAGCCAGAAGCCAACGCAAGUCUAGAGACGGGGCUACUGAAGGCUCUGAAGAAACUAGACUGCUUCCUGAACUCCCCUCUGCCGGACGAGAUUGAUGCAGAUAGUACAGGCGAGGAGACGUGCUCCAACCGCAAGUACUUGGACGGCAAUGAAUUAACGCUUGCAGACUGCAACCUACUCCCUAAACUACAUGUAGUGAAGGUGGUUUCAGAGAAAUGCCGUAACUUUGAGAUACCAUCGGACUUGAGUGGAGUUUGGAGAUACCUGCAGAACGCGUACGCCCGCGAUGAAUUCGCCAACACGUGUGCAACAGACCGAGAGAUUGAACUGGCCUAUCAGGAUGUGGCAAAGCGACUUGGCAAAUGAAACAUGUAAAUAUUUCACAGUGACUCUUUUUUAAAGAUUGUCCUGGCAAGUUGGAAUUUCCAAGUAUUAACUCUGAGCAGUUCUAAGCAGAAUUUGUCUCCAGGACACCAUAUUGGAUUGGUCCUUUAACACUCGUGCUAAACUGUUGCCAGCUCCCAUGAUGCUUGUGUGUUCUUACAUACUAUUGCCAUUAUUUGUACUAGCUCCUUUAUCAGCAUCGCUGUGUAUGAUGGUCUUGUGCCACUCAUUCUUUAACAUCAUGCUAUAAUGUAAUCGCUGUAUUUAUUUUUGAAUUUUGAGUUUAUUUUGACACAAUGUUACACGUAAUUGAUGUCCAAUAAUGAAGAAUGAUUUAAAGUCAAAGCCACCACAUAAAAUGGGCAAAGAUUUAAGUCUCAGGUACUGUAUAUCUUGCCUUCUGGUACAUUAUUAUUGUCUGUUAAAUUAACAAAUAAAUAAAAAUAUAUUUUU